CCGGCACGAAUCGGGGGUCGAAUCUGGCAUCCGGGGAAGAAUAACAUAACGUUUGAUCUCCCAUGCCAUGCCAAAUAGCCAUAUUAGCCUACUUUGACAUUGAGAUCACACGCCUGGCCAUCAUGCGAAUCGCCUCCACGCACUUGUUCUCAUCCAUAGUGCCAAGACAAAUCUUUUCAUGGCAAUGUCAAGCGCUUGCUUGAAGGGACUGCUUGAACUUGACGCAACACUCAUGGCUAGCACAAGUAUAGCCAAGGUAUCACUGAGCUGCCAAUGAGGCGAAUUACCAUGGCUUGGCCGGAUGGCUAUGGUUCGGGCAAGAAAGUGCAUCCGAAGGAUUUCGCCCAGGAACACGGUACCUCUAACUUUACCGUCUCCUGACUUGAUGGCCUCGGCAGAUGAAAAAAAAACAUAUAAGACGGGAGUGAAGUCGGAAACACUCGUCUCCCACCUGCACACCUCAUCAAGCAGUCAUCAUGGUCCACCUUAGCUCCGCCCUCUUGCUCGCCAGCGCGGCCUUCGCCGUCGCCGCCCCGGCCUCCCAAAUCUUUGAGCGCCAAUGCUCCGUCGCCGGCAGCUAUCCCACCGCGGCCGUGUCCAAGCUCCCUGACCCCUUCACCACCGCGGGCGGACAAAAGAUUACGACCAAAGCCGACUUCGACUGCCGCAAGGCCGAGAUCAGCAAGAUCCUCCAACAAUACGAGCUCGGCACCUACCCCGGCAAGCCAGACAAGGUUGAGGGUUCCCUCUCGGGCAACACCCUAACCGUGCGCAUCACCGUCGGCAGCCAGACCGUGUCUUUCUCAGCCUCCAUCAAGAAGCCCUCCUCCGGCAGCGGUCCCUUCCCAGCCAUCAUCAGCAUCGGCGGCAGCUCCAUCCCGAUCCCCAGCACCGUGGCCACCAUCACCUUCCCCAACGACGACUUCGCCCAGCAAUCCGGCGGCUCCUCGCGCGGCAAGGGCAAGUUCUACACCUUAUUCGGCAGCUCGCACUCGGCCGGCGCCUUGACGGCCUGGGCAUGGGGCGUGGACCGACUCGUCGACGCUCUCGAACAAGUCCAAUCCUCCUCGGGCAUCGACCCCAAGCGCCUGGGCGUCACCGGUUGCAGCCGCAACGGCAAGGGCGCCUUCCUCGCGGGAGCCCUCGUCGACCGCAUCGCCCUGACGAUCCCGCAAGAAUCCGGCUCGGGCGGCGCCGCCUGCUGGCGCAUCAGCGACAGCGAGAAAUCCGCGGGCAAAAACAUCCAGACCGCUUCCCAAAUCGUCACCGAAAACGUGUGGUUCUCGCCCACCUUCAACUCGUACACGCGGCAGGUGACCAACAUCCCCGCCGACCACCACAUGCUGGCGGCGCUGACGGUGCCGCGCGGGUUGAUUGCGUUUGAGAACGAUAUCGACUGGUUGGGUCCCGUGUCGACGACGGCGUGCAUGCAGGCUGGUCGGCUGAUCUAUAAGGCGUAUGGGGUGCCGAAUUAUAUGGGCUUUUCGCUGGUGGGCGGACAUAGUCAUUGUCAGUUCCCGAGCGGACAGCAGAGCGAGCUGACGAGCUAUAUUAAUUAUUUCUUGCUGAAUUCGGGGACGGCGCCCGGCGCGGUGGAGAGGAGCUCGGCGAAGGUGGACUUGAGGAGUUGGGCGCCGUGGGAUGUGCCGACUCUUUCGUAGGGGGUGUGACUGGAGGGGAGAGGGUGCGGUUUGGAUCGGCUUCGAAAAGGGCCUCGGGGGUUUUCUGUUGUCGUGCUCGUGUAGGGCGAGCGUUGCGUCUGAUGCCGAUGAUC